UCAUUUGUGUUGCUGAGCGCGGGUGUGUUUGUUUGAUAUUUUAAAUGCGAAAUUGUUUUUAAAAUCGCAAGUGCUUUGAAUUAGUGUCCAUAAUGUGUUCAAAUAUUCUUGAUUUUGAAAAUGUUGAAAAUUCUUUACUCUGAUUGGUACGAUUGUUGGUACGGAUGUGUUUUACGUGACUAGGUUUGUGUGUAGUUUUUAACUGAUUGUUCAUUGUGGUCAACAUGCCGGGUCUUAUUGGCAUUGGCGAAUUUAUAGAGGAAACAAGAGAGGAUUAUAAUUCGCCCACAACUUCUACUUUUGUUUCCCGUAUACCACAAUGUCGACAAACCAUCAACGCUUUGGAAGAGACUCUGGAUUUCGAUCGAGACGGCCUAGCGAAACUUAAAAAGGCGAUAAAGGCGAUCCACAAUUCUGGAAAUGCUCACGUGGAUAAUGAGAUGUACCUCUCUCGGGCGCUGGAGAGGCUCGGCGGGAACGCGCUCAGCAAGGACUCGGAGCCAGACAUUGGGGCGGCUUUUUUUAAAUUCGCCGUAGUCACCAAAGAAUUAUCCGCCUUGAUGAAAACAUUGAUGCAGAACAUAAACAAUAUUGUUAUGUUCCCCGUAGACAGUCUUCUAAAGGGUGAUCUGCGGGGCGUAAAAGGUGAUCUCAAAAGGCCAUUCGAGAAGGCGUCCAAAGACUAUGAAUCAAAGUACCUGAAGAUUGAGAAGGAGAAGAAGUCGCAGGCUAAAGAGGCGGGCCUCAUCAGGAGUGAGGUGACGCCGGCAGAAAUAGCUGAUGAGAUGGAGAAGGAACGGCGAUUAUUUCAACUGCAAAUGUGCGAGUACCUGAUUAAGUUCAACGAGAUCAAAACUAAGAAGGGCAUUGAACUGCUGCAGCACCUGGUGGAGUACUAUCAUGCACAGACGAAUUACUUUCAAGAUGGAUUGAAGACGAUAGAGCAUUUCGGCGUUUACGUUGCGGACUUAAGUGUACAGUUGCAGAAGAUAAGACAGCAACAGGACGACGAAAGGCGGAGACUGUUAGAGUUAAGGAACAUGUUGAGGGCGGCAACACCACAAGAUAGAGAGGCUGCAUCGGCAGUGGGCGGUUAUUCACUGCACCAACUCCAAGGUGACAAACAACACGGUGUCACGCGGAGUGGGUACCUCUUGAAGAAAUCCGAGGGCAAAGUAAGACGCGUGUGGCAGAAGAGGAGGUGUAGAGUCACAGCCGAGGGAUAUUUGGAUAUUUUUCACGCUGAUGAAAACAAAACCCCGGCGAGGGUCAACCUAUUGACUUGCCAGAUUAAAGUGGCCACAGAGGAUAAGAGGGCGUUCGAUCUAGUCUCAUACAACCGCACGUACCACUUCCAAGCGGAGGACGAGAGCGAGCAGCGCGCGUGGACGUCCGUGCUCGUGAACUGCAAGGAGGGCGCGUUGAUGCGCGCGUUCCACCAGCAGGCGGGCGAGAGCGGCGACACGGGCCACUCGCUGCUCGACCUGCAGCGCUCCAUCAUACGGGCGGUGCGCUGCAUGCCCGGCAACCAGGUGUGCUGCGACUGCGGCUCCACCAACGAUCCAACAUGGCUGUCGACGAAUUUCGGUAUAAUAGUGUGUAUAGAAUGUUCCGGAAGUCACAGGGAGUUGGGUGUGCACAUAUCGAGGAUACAGUCUUUGACGUUGGACAGAUUGAGUACGUCGCAAUUGUUGCUCGCGAGGCACAUGGGCAAUCAGAUGUUCAAUGACGUCAUGGAGAACACGCUGGAUGAACGGUUGAAACUGAAGCCCGGGAGUACUAUGGACGAAAGGCUGCGUUUCAUCCGCGAGAAGUACGUGUACCGCGCGUUCGCGGCGCGCACGUGCCGCGACGAGGCCGAGCGGCUGUCGGAGGUGGAGCACGCGGUGAACAACGGCCACCUGCAGAACUUGCUGCAGGCGUACGCGGAGGGGGCGGACUUGGCGGCGACGCUGCCCAGCUCGGACUGCGGCGAGACGGCGCUACACCUCGCGAUAUCGCGCGAGCUCGGCGACGGCUCGUGCCUGCACAUAGUCGAUUUUCUAGUCCAGAACGGGGGUUCCCAGCUGUUGGACAAGGCCACAGCGUCCGGCAUGACGGCGCUGCACCUGUGCGCCGCGAUAGACAGGACGGAGCCGAUGAAACUGUUGCUCAAGGCCGGCGCCGACAGCUCGCUGAAGGACGCCAACGGCCGGACCGCGCUGCAGGUGGCGAGGCAGUUGGGGCACAUGGCGUGCCAGGAAUUGCUAGAAAGCGUGGAUAAGAGGGAAAAGAGCAUAUUCGAAAAUAUUAAUAUAGAUUGGAAUUUAUCACACGAUGAAGGCUCUACUGACUUCUCAGAUGACGACACAGUCAUCGAUGAACGACAAAACGGCAGCGUGACGCCGGAGAAGAAGUGCCCCCGCUCGCGUCCGCCGUCGUACGCGGGCGCCGCGGGCGGGGGCUGCGCGGGCGGCGGCGGGGGCGGCGCGGGCGGCGCGGGCGGCGCGGGCGGCGCGGGCGGCGGGGACUCGCCCGUGCUGCGCUCGCGCUCCUCCACGUGCGACUCGCUGCACCACGCGCCGCCCGCCAGCGCGCCCGCCACCUUGCCCAGGAAACCGAAUGUUUAUAAUAUAGGCAGUCUGAAGAAGCGCGUGGCGCCGCUGCCGCCGGGCGCGCCGCGCUCCACGCCCUCGCCCUCGCCCUCCGCCGACACGCGCUCCAUACACAGUGGUACAGUAAAACACAGGCCGCAACAGCCUCCGCCUACGCCGCCGCCCGGGAACUCGCUGCACAACGGAGCUCACAGAGAUGAACCAACACCGCCACCCAGAAAAAAGAAAAAUAGAUUGCUACAGGAAAAGGCUGACAAAGUGAAACUGAGAAGGGAAUGUUCUAGUCAAGACUCGUCGCUGGAGCUGUGCGACCUGGACGCGCUGUCGUGCGAGCGCUCGCGGCGCUCCCACUCGGACAGCCGCUCGCUGGACGUGUCCGACACGUCGAGCGUGCACUCGCGCUCGCCGUCCGCCUCCAUCACCAUGAUGGGCGGCAUGCGUCGCUGCAGAGCGCUGUACGAUUGCUCAGCGGAUAAUGAAGAUGAGCUCUCAUUCCGCGAGGGUGAAGUCAUCGUAGUUAUCAACGAACGCACAGAAGACGACAACUGGAUGGAGGGUCAGGUCGAGGGCACCGGCCGCCGCGGCAUGUUCCCCGUCUCUUUUGUGCACAUGCUGCCUGAUUAGAGCGAACGAGACGGGUAUACUGGAGUCGACUCCGCCGUUGCAUUUGUACGAGAAGCGAGAAGCGCGUAGUGUCAUUUGCCGAUGCUGGAUGAGUGUAAUGGAUAUAUAUCUUAAAUAUCUAUUCAAUUUUAUAUGGAAUGGGAAUAUUGAACUGUGGAUACGGUAUUCAUAAUUCAAGCUUUUUACAUACCAUUUGAAUAAGUGAAGGAUAGAUAAUGACCCAUCGACUCCUUAUGAACUUCCUUUAGUAUGAGCGAGAUAGAUAGAGAUUUCCCAAUUCUCGCUUCUUAUGUGAGACAGGUGAGGUCUGUAGAUGGUUCUCUCUCUUUUGUGCACACGUGCCAGUUAAGUGCGAGUGAAACAGCAAUAGAUCUGUUGGUUCCGAUCAGUAGUCGUGUUUGAUGAAUAUAACUCACUAUAAUGAAUUGCAAUUUAACUUGCGGGAAAUAUUAACGUUUUGUAUUUAAUUAAACAAGCACUUUUUAUUUUGAAAUUAUAAAAAAUUUAUAAAGGCAACCAUACAUAAUUUCGAUUAUUUUGUCAAUAUUUUCUGCAAGUUAAGUUUAAAUUUAAGACUCCAGUACAUUCGUACCGGUCUCUUCUAGCUGGUAGAUAUUAGAGAUAUUUGAAUUGCCAAGUUUUGAAGUGAUAGAUGUGAUUUCGUGAUAUUAUAGCUCAAAGAUGUUUAAAUUCGAAUCUUUUCUCAAACUUAUUAUGUAUGGUACGUAUUGAGGGGCGUUAUUAAAAAUUAAAUCAAAUUGGCCUAAAGCUAUCGGCUUUUAUUUAAAGGCUAUGAGCUUAUCUACUCUAGUAUUUUGUAUUCAAUACAUAACAUUAUGCACUUUGAGUAAUGGGUGAAUACAGAUGUAAUCCGUUUAUUAACAUAUACAUAAAACAAAGUUGUUUUCGUAUCAAAGACGUUUGGUACAGACAUAUCGCAGGUAUUAAUAUAAACUAUAUAUUUGACAAUUGAAAGCCGUGGCAUUAUAAUUUAAUAUAUUUCCCACAUUGGAAUUAGUACUGCUUUAAGACUUCAUGGUAAAUAUCCAGGCCGUUGAAUAGUACAAAAAAUAAGGAAAUUAUGCUUUUUAUUAUAAUAGCACUUGUAAAAUUGUAAAAUCACGACUUUGAUGAUAUACCUGCGACAUAAUCAUAAAAUUCAGAAGGAAUAACUGAAAGAAAUAUGUAUUAUAAAUUUUGUUAUUUGCAAUUGUAUUUUAUAUAUAAGUUAAAUGAAUAUUGAACACAGGAUAAAAAUCAGGCCUCAAAAUAAACUCCGUUGUGAUAAAACAGCACAAUUGUUGUUUUUAUAUGAUAUUUUGAUUUUGUACUUUUUACCAUCUAUAUAGGUAAAUGUUGUAAGAGUUAUCGUUGUAUCAUUGCAUACUGUUGAAGUCGAUAUAACACGUGGGAGCUUACUACUGCUACGAAUUUAUAACACCAAUAUUGUUGUGUGCCAACAGAACUCCGUCCCUUCGUGGGUUAAUUGUUUAUUUAAAUUUGGAACUAGCAUAAAGUAUGGUUAUCUAUGGAAUCUGGAAUGUUCUAGAAAUUCAUAACCCGUUGCGGCGACAAAGAUGUUUCUGUUGAAAUAAUUUGUAUUGUGUAUAAAAAAAGACUUGAUAAAAUCCAAGUUAAACUCAAAUUCUAAAUCAGACGCACUAUAUACUAAUAUCUAUUUGAUUUUUUUUUUGUAUACGGCCCGUAUAAAAUUAUUUUAUAAGCGAUCUUAUCGUAUGCGCAGUUUCGUUAUCGAUUCGUUUUAUAUUUAUUAUUAUUUUUUUGUAUUUCAGUUCGUACGAAAAACGAAACGUUUCUCGGUUAUUUAUUGGAUGGUAACAAUAUGUGUGAAUAUAAGUCGAAGAUUUGUAUAUUGUCGUCAAUCUAUUGGACCAGUGAUCGUUUGAUGUAGUUGUUCUCGUAGUUGAUAGAUUGUUGCUACAUGUUGUCUAUAGAAUUUCUAUUUAAAAUGAGAAGUCAUAAAUCUUGUCAAUAUUAUCUGUAUGGUAUAUAUAUAUAAUAACAAUCAAUUGAUGUUCGUUUAUCUUGCUGAAACUCGAGAAUGGCUGGGUCGAUUUAGCUGAUGUUUGUGGUAGUCCAGGGUAGAUUUACUUGGUGAGAAACUUAUAAAAUAAGUAAUGGAAAAUAUUUUUCACAUAAUAUUAUUAUUGUGAUACGAAAAUCAUCAAGUCUUCUAGAAGCCUAUACUUAUUUACAACUAUAGAAAAAAACUACAAUUUCAGUCUCCAAAAAUUAACGAGGUUUACGAUUUCUCACAAAAAUGUUUUUGAUAAUAAUUGUUAUGAAUGUAAAAUUUUAUCACUUCAGCUGUUCCAAGGAUUUGAAUAAUUAUAAACUAUAUGAAAUACUCGAUUUAUUGUGGUAGUAUUUUAAUUUUAUUCAAAAUUACUUUCUACAUAUUACCUAUCAUGAUGUAGCAUCAUUCUUGCAUAGAAACUUCUCGAUCUAGUUUGAAUUUAGAAUACCGAUAUAAUUUGAAGUUAUACGCGCAUUAUACCAUCAAAAUAUUAAAAGCACGCAUAAUUACCACUAAACGGUUAUCUUAUUAAAGACUAUGUAAGUAUUUCUUAUAAAUACAUUCCCAUGUAAUUUAUUAGCUUCCUUCUACCUUUAGCUCUUUAUAGCUGUAAGUAUUACCAGCUUAUCCAUUUAAAGUUACCUAUGUUAAAAGUACGUUGCCAUAAUUUAGUAUUAUUGGUUAUAGUAUAAAUGAUAUAAUUGCUUUCACCAUUACGUUAAUGUCUGAUACACAAAAAAUGCAAAUAUCGUAAUUAUUAAUUUUUAAAUUAAGUGUUUCAGUAACUCUACUUGUAAAUAAUUUAAAAAAAUCUUUAAUCCUUAGGCUGGUUUACGGGAAGAUAGAAAAUAUACGCAACAUAGCCUUUUUAUUGCUAAAUAUUUUCUAUUCUUUAUAAUAUGAAAAGUCAUAGCCAAAAAUAGUUUGGUGUGUAUUUAAUAUAUCCUAAUUUAUUAUAAAUGUUUAUUGUGUUCGUUAUUAUUUAAUCUUAUUUAGAAUUUUUUAAAUGAUUGUAUUUUACUGUAAAGUUUUUACUAUGUAAAUUAUAUUUAUUUUACAAAGUAGUAUAUAAAACUUAAUGUGAUGAAAUAUUUUAAUGCCAUUUUAGCCCGUCAGUAUGUUACUUAUUAAAAGUGUAACCAAAUGAUGCUAUAGCGAAUAAGAUGUUUUAAUCUUAAAUUGUAGUAUAUUUAAUGGAGUUGUAGUCUAAAUAGUUUUUUUUUUCUAUUGUGUAUUACCUGAAUGAAAAUAUCUGUAUGAAUUUAUGAAUACAUCAUUUCGAUGUCA